CUCAACUCCUCAGAUCUCAGUUCCAGUCCCUGCAGUUCGUGACAUUGCACAGCUCCCUCACGUGGCACACCAUCUUCGCUGCACCAUCUUCGCACCUUUCGGACUGGACCUUCUCUCUAUCUCGCUCUCUCUCUAAUGGAUUCAAAAGGAAAUUGAGAUCCAUUAGAAAUUCAUGUAAGUUUCGGUUCAAGCUUCCACGAGGACCACGCCACCACGCCACCACGCCACCGACCAUGGACAAGUCGAGCGCGCUGGAAUACAUCAACCAGAUGUUCCCUACAGAGGCAUCUUUAUCUGGUGUUGAGCCACUCAUGCAAAAGAUACACAGUGAGAUUCGUCGCGUGGAUGCUGGAAUAUUGGCAGCUGUUCGCCAACAGAGUAAUUCAGGAACCAAAGCCAAGGAGGAUCUUGCUGCUGCUACGGGUGCUGUGGAGGAACUUAUGUAUAAGAUCCGGGAAAUAAAAAGCAAAGCUGAGCAAAGUGAAAUGAUGGUUCAGGAAAUAUGUCGUGACAUUAAAAAGUUGGACUUUGCGAAGAAGCAUGUAACGACUACAAUUACAGCUCUUCAUCGUCUUACAAUGCUAGUCUCUGCUGUUGAGCAGCUUCAAAUUAUGGCUUCAAAACGACAAUAUAAGGAGGCAGCUGCACAGCUGGAGGCUGUGAACCAAUUAUGUAGUCACUUUGAAGCCUAUAGGGAUGUUCCAAAGAUCACGGAGCUCAGGGAGAAGUUCAAAAAUAUCAGAAAAAUUCUCAAGUCGCAUGUAUUUUCGGAUUUCUCCGGCUUAGGUACUGGAAAAGAAACAGAAGAAACUAAUCUACUGCAGCAGUUAUCUGAUGCUUGCUUGGUUGUUGAUGCUUUGGAGCCAUCUGUGAGGGAAGAGUUAGUAAACAAUUUUUGCAGCCGGGAACUUACUUCGUAUGAACAAAUUUUUGAUGGAGCCGAACUGGCCAAGUUGGACAAAACGGAAAGGAGAUAUGCAUGGAUCAAGCGUCGAAUGAGAACAAAUGAGGAAAUAUGGAAGAUCUUUCCUCCUUCAUGGCAUGUUCCUUAUCGUCUCUGUAUCCAGUUCUGUAAGAAAACGAGGAAACAACUCGAGGAGAUCCUUGAUAAUCUGAAAGAAAAACCUGAUGUUGGGACGUUAUUGUUGGCGCUACAACGAACUCUGGAAUUCGAGGAUGAAUUGGCUGAGAAAUUUGGGGGAGGCACUCGAAGCAGGGAGAAUGGUAGCGAGAUUGAGGAAAUUGGUGAAAAUACUAGUCAAAGUGUUUCAGAUAUUCGAAAGAAGUAUGAGAAGAAGCUUGCUGCACAUCAAGGAAGUGGGACUGAAGAAAAGGAUGAAAAUAAAGAUUUGUCUGCACCUGGAGCUGGGUUCAAUUUCCGUGGAAUCAUUUCAUCUAGCUUUGAAAUUCACUUAACGGUUUACAUAGAAUUGGAAGAGAAGACAUUGAUGGAGAAUCUUGAGAAACUUAUUCAGGAGGAAACAUGGGAUAUCGAGGAAGGAAGUCAGAAUAACGUUUUAGGUAGUAGCAUGCAGUUGUUUCUUAUAAUCAAGAGGAGCUUAAAGAGAUGCAGCGCUCUAACAAAGAAUCAGACGUUAUUUAAUUUGUUCAAGGUGUUUCAAAGAAUUCUCAAAGCAUAUGCAACAAAACUUUUUGCAAGACUGCCUAGGGGUGGAACAGGGAUAGUUGCAGCAGCCACGGGUAUGGAUGGACAAAUAAAGACUUCUGACAGGGAUGAAAGGGUGAUUUGUUAUAUUGUGAAUUCAGCAGAAUAUUGUCAUAAAACGUCUGGUGAAUUGGCAGAAAGUGUAUCAAAAAUUAUCGAGACUCAAUUAGCGGAGGGAGUGGAUAUGUCAGAAGUGCAGGAUGAGUUUUCGGCAGUGAUCACAAAAGCUUUAGUAACCCUAGUGCAUGGCCUUGAAAGUAAAUUUGAUGCUGAAAUGGCUGCCAUGACACGUGUCCCAUGGGGUACCCUUGAAAGUGUUGGUGACCAAUCAGAGUAUGUUAAUGGCAUAAAUAUGAUCCUUACUAGUAGCAUUCCUGUACUUGGAAGCCUUCUUUCACCUGUUUACUUCCAGUUCUUCUUGGACAAGCUCGCAUCUUCUCUUGGUCCUCGCUUUUAUGCAAACAUUUUCAAAUGCAAGCACAUAUCAGAAACUGGAGCCCAACAAAUGCUAUUGGACACUCAAGCAGUAAAGACAAUUCUUCUAGACAUUCCUUCACUUGGCCGACAAACAACUGGUGCUGCUAGCUAUUCAAAAUUUGUGAGCCGUGAAAUGAGCAAAGCUGAAGCACUUUUGAAGGUUAUACUGUCCCCAUUUGAUUCGGUGGCGGAUACAUAUCGAGCAUUGCUACCAGAGGGCACACCAAUGGAGUUUCAACGAAUUUUGGAGCUUAAGGGUCUAAAAAAAGCUGAUCAGCAAAGUGUACUAGAUGACUUCAACAAACAUGGGCCAGGGAUCACACAACCCUCUAUCAUGCCAUCAGUAGUACCAGCGGCAGCUCCUGUGAUACCCAGUCCGGCUUCAAUCGGACUAGUUGCUUCCCGAGAGGAUGUGUUAACCAGAGCAGCUGCACUUGGAAGAGGUGCUGCUACAACAGGAUUCAAGAGGUUCCUUGCUUUAACAGAGGCUGCAAAAGAUCGCAAAGAUGGGCCCUUUAGAAAGCUCUUUAAUCCAUGACCGCAUUUGAAUCCCAAUUUUACAUGUAGUUUUGGUACUGGUGUCAUUGCUUAAAAAUACACCCUGCAGUCCCCGCGCGCGGGGGUGGGGGGUCGGGGAGGGAUUAGUUUCUCAAUGGUUCAUAUGAGGGGUUAAAACAGAAAUGAUAUGGACACGGGCCCGCGUACACGGAUCCCUAAUUUGAACAGUUCUUUUACUGUUCGCAUUAUCUAUAAAGCUAUUGUUCAUGUGA